GAGGAGACAAACAAUGAUAUGAUUGAGAUCAAAGUGACCGACGCCAAAAAGGUUGGUGAUGGGAUGAGCGCUUACGUGGCCUACAAGGUCUCUACUAAGACGAACAUGAAACAGUUCAACAUGGCGGACAUGAGUGUCAUUCGAAGGUUCAGUGACUUCCUGAUUCUACACGAGAAACUCAUCACUAACCAUCAACACCUCGGCAGGAUUGUACCACUGCCCCCGGAAAAGGAUGUCAUUGGCAUGGCAAAGAUGAAAAUAUCGAAAGAAGAUGAGUUCGCCAGCAUGGAGUUUGUUGAGAAGAGGAGGGCUGCCUUGGAGAGAUUUCUAACGCGUAUAUCACGUCACCCCGAACUGAGCAAGGACCCUUCCUUCGUAGAGUUCCUCCAACUCGAAGGGGAACUCUCCAGACCCGCGUCGGCCAGUGUUUUUUCGGGGGCGGGCCUCGCGAAAUUGUUCGGUCGUGUCGGGGACAGUAUCAAUAAAAUGACCUACACUCUCCCCGAGACUGACCAGUGGUUCGAAGACAAAGUGGAGCAAAUAGAAGUCCUGGAGAAUGAUCUGAGAGACUUGCAUUCCAGCUGUGAACAGCUUGUCCUGCAAAGAAGAGACCUAUCCCAGUGCACGAACAUGCUGUCGAAGAGUGUGGCAAACAUGGGAAGCGCGGAAGAGGAUCUGCAGUUGUCCAAAGUGUUAUCAUCUCUAUCCGAUGUCUUUGGAAAGAUCGAAAAUAUCCAGACCGAAUUAUCCAAUCUGGAUCUCUACUGCCUGUCUGAAGUUAUAAAGGAUAACUUACUGAUGAUUACUAAUUUGAGGAACAUACUGUCAGAGCGAGUGAAGGUACACAAACAUUGGAAGGAUACGGAAGCGAACCUGGAGAAGAAGAAGUUACUGAAGGCAAAAAUGGAGAUACAGAGGAAAAUGGAGAGGAUCGACGUCGUCAAUAACGAGAUUGCCGAGUUGGAGCAGAAAGUGAAAGACGAAGCCGCCAGGUUCGACUGCAUCUCGCAGACCAUUCGCCAGGAAAUGUCUCAACUCGAUAAGAUGAGAACCCUCGAAAUUAAAGAGGUUGCUGUUCAUUAUCUUAAGAUGAACGCGCAGUGCCAGCAACAGCUUGCUGAUUUGUGGGAGGCCUUCAUUCCGGAAGUCAACCAAAUAGCCUGAUUGGUGGAUG